AGAUAAAUAUGGAAGCCGAUUUUACAUCUGUGCUCGGAUCUUUAAACUCCGAACAGUCAACUGAAGAAAAAACAAAAGCACUGGAUACGUUUUUCAGCGAAUUUAAGUCAACAACGAACUUAUCCAAAGUGCCGACUGACAUCUUAGUUUCGUUAGCACAGAGCAUAGCAAAGGUUUUAAAGCGACCAGAAGCGUGCGAUAGGUUGACUGAGUCAGCUCUGGAUGUUUUGCUAGUCCUUACCCGUGAUCGCAGAUGUCAAACGGCUAUUAUGGAUGCUAAUUUGUACUAUUUGCUCCAUUUUGCAGAUAUUAAAGUGCGAGAAGGGGCCUCACAGACUAGAGAUACAAUCAGUCUAAGAGCAGUAAAAUGUCUGUGCAAUUUAGUGUUUCAAAGCCAAGCUACAAGAGAAGCGGUCGAAAUGUUAAAAAGCCUCGAAUUUGAAUCUAAUUACGCCUCGCUUAUAUCAAGAAAGUACUGUGCAAUCGAAAAAGUGUCUAAAUGUAAUAUGGACUUGACUCAUUUCGAGUUUUCGCUUAUGUUUAUAUAUUCGGCAAUAGCGUCCGAUUCGCGAAACGUUUUUAUGCUGCAUCCGAAGAUCUCGGGCUCUUUUUCAUGUGUUGUGUCUUUUCUAGUCGAGAACAUUGAGAACAGCAGCGAUUCUUGGAAUUGGGAGACUCCCCCAAAAUCAGUUCUGGGAAAUGUGCUCAAGGCAAUUUAUAACUUGAUUGCAAACUUAGAUCACGAAACAGAAUCAGAAGAUAUUCACGAUUUUUUGGUUAGUUUGUCAAAAAGUUGCGAUCGAAUUCUCAUGGCUACUAAUAUGGUCAAUCCUAAGUGCAUGACAGAUGAAGAUCUACUAACUCAUAUUUACAGUAUAAUGGGCGUUAUGCCGAAAUAUGCUUUGCAAGCGUGCUUUGUUGAUGAUAGUCAUCAAAUCGAAACUAACAAUGACGCAAACUUGACUGAAUCUUUGAAAGAAGCUGAUUUAGCCGAAAAUGACUCGGCAGGAAAAGAAACCGGAGCAAUUAACCAGGAAAAAUUAACUGGAAUUGUAUCUGAAAAGAAGACCGAUAGUUUAGAAAAUUCAAGUAGCGCGAAACUUUCAAAAUGGGAUGAAAAUCGGUCAAUCGGUGACGUAGUUUCUACGUUCUACAGUGCAAUAAAAGUAGCAGUUUCAGUCACUGAAAAUGUGACUUUGAAAAUGGCCAUUUUUCUGGCUCUUGGCAAUGUGUGCAGGAGCUGCAGAUGUAUCCGGAAGCCUCUUAGACACAUGAUUCUGCCUCCGAGGAAAGAUGUUCACGUGAUGCCGCAAGAGGGCGGAGAGUUGAAGGGGGAGUUAAUCAGACUGAUGACAGGGGUAAACAGAGAAGUAGGUGAACUGGUGUCUGAAUUCCUAUUCGUCCUCUGUAAGGAAAACGUGAACAGACUUCUCAAGUAUACUGGGUAUGGAAAUGCAGCAGGGAUGAUGUUCACCAGGGGACUGGGACUGAGAAGUGUACCCGCUUCUCAGCCAGAUUACUCCGAUGAUGAGGAUACAGAUACAGAGGAGUUCAAGCAGUAUGAGCAUGGAUUCAAUUACGUCACUGGGCGAUAUGAGCCACCCAAGAAGGAUCCAAUGGAGGGAAUGAGCGAAGAGCGGAAGCUGGUCGAGACUGAGAAACUGUUGAACACUCUGUCGAGGAUGCAGGGGACAGCGAUGGAACCGAUGACAAUGGGCCCUGAUGGGAACCCAGUGCCACUCAUGGGUCAACUGCAGAGACAAGUACACGAGAGAGAAGAUGAUAACCAAUCAUCAGGAGAAGAUGAAUGAGAUAAACUAUCUGAAAUGAACUGACCGAAGAGCUACUUGAAGCUAACCAGAAACAGAGUCUGAAUAUUUUUGAACAUUUUCAACAUUCGUAAUUUCUGGCCUCGAAAAGUCUAAUAUGCGUUAUUUUUUUCUAUCAAGUUAACAAAAUCAGAACAAUAAGUAAAGCCAAGUGCAAUAAUUUUAUUAUGAUGAUAUUAUAUGGCAGAGGAAAAUUGAAUCAAGUUUCGAAAGUCGACAUUGAUAGUUUUGGGGGCCAGAUAACUUAGAGGCACUGUUUCUUGCCAAAAUAGUUUCAUUGAUCUUGAUAGUAAUAUCCAUUCAAAUUGCAUCAAACCUUAAUAAAUUCCAUUUAUAAAAAUGUUUCAUUGAAUAAUAUUGAUAAGUUUUCCCGUUAGAUAGUCCAAUUUAUGUUUCCAAUAUUUUU